GGCCCCGCCACCGGCACUUCGCGGUGAAGACGUUCCUCAGCGAGUACAGGAAACGGAAGAUAAGGUAGGGAGAAUGCGAUUCGCAGUCACGAGGGCUUGCGGUGGCGGCGGAGGGAGGGCUCGCACUGGCGCCCUCUACAUUGGAGGGAGCACGACCGCGCCCAUCGAGACCCCGUCACUUUUGAUAUCGACGCGAAAAGGCCUCCCAACUUUCGUAUCCCGCGACCACCUCGCCGCCCUCCCCACGCCCGAUUCUCUUCUCCUUCACGUCAGCCCUCUGCACUUUUUAGAUUGCCCUUCAUCCAAAACUAUUUCUAACAUUGGAGGUCUGCAUCAGAUGCUGGGGCUGCAUGAGCAUUUUUUUGUUGCUGCCCCAAGGGAUUCAUUAGAGAGUCUACCUGAGAGUGAAGGCACUAAUAAGCUCGGGGCUUCUUUUGAAACACCUUGUGGUCGUCGACUGAUCAAGCCUUCAGCAUAUGUGGAAAAGAUUGCUUCAUUGAAGCCAAACUUGUGGGCUAGUAUGGCAGAUGAGGUGCCUGCUUGGGUUUCUGAAAAGAGAAAUAAGACUUCUGUAGAUCGAACAUUGCGUUGGCUUGACGAAUGCCUUGCUUUGGACCCGGCAGGUGGGAAAACUAUGUUAGGACUUGUUGUUGGUGGGUCCAAUAUUGAAGAACGGAAACACUGUGCAAUCGAAGUGGCAACUCGGAAUGUAUCAGGUUUUUGGAUUGGAGGUUUUGGGCUCGGAGAGAAUGUGGAAGAACGCUCAGUUUUGCUCAAUGCUGUUACAGAUAAUCUCCCUGAGGAAAAGGUGCGAUUUAUAUCUGGACUUUCUCUCCCAGAGGAAGUAUUGCAGGGUGUGGCUUCAGGAAUUGACCUUUUUGACUCCACGUACAUUUACCAUCUUACACUUGGAGGUUUUGCACUUAUCUUCCCAUUCAAGAUUCUUGAUCAUAACAAUCUAGAUUUUCAGCUCGAUGAUACUGUUGGUGAUCGCACAAAAAUAAAUUUGCGGGCAACAAUCUACAGGAAGGAUAUAUCGCCUAUUGUUGCCAACUGUAGUUGCUUCACAUGCCAAAAUCACACUCGAGCUUACAUAAACCACCUACUUAAUGUUCAUGAAAUGUUGGCUCAUAUCCUACUAGAAAUACAUAACACACACCAUUAUUUGGGUUUUUUUCGUGCUAUGAGAGAAGCUAUCAAGGGUGGGAAGUUUGACUUGUUCCGACAGAGAUUUGUCGAGAGCAGACGCAUCCAUCUUACCUCAGCUGUGCUGUGCUCUUGAUGGCCCCCUCUUUUCCCUUCUUUCUUUACUUGGAGCUUACUACUCUACAAGACUAAUGUGAGCUCUUUAAUGUUGUAAUUGGUUAAUUAUAUUUCAGCAAACAAUUUGACAAAGCAGUCUAUCUGUAAGAUGUAGUCUGUUAGAUGACAGCAUGCACAACAUUCUCUGUAAACUCUAUUCGAAUUUUUAUCACUUAGCAAUUAUAUCUUGGAACACUUUUCUCUC